CCAACCUCAUGGAGAUAUAGACGCCGAGAGAGACGUCUUGGGAAGGCAAAAGUCUUUGGAGCCUGCGGGGAAGAGAUCAGCCUGGCUGGAAGCUGCCCAGAUGUGGAGGAUGUGUGACCGAAACGGCGGCAGGCGGCUGAGACAGUGGCUCAUAGAACAAAUCGACAGUGGCUUGUAUUCUGGACUGAUCUGGGAAAAUGAUGAGAAAACCAUGUUCCGGAUCCCGUGGAAACAUGCCGGAAAGCAGGAUUACAACCAGGAGGUGGAUGCAUCUAUAUUCAAGGCUUGGGCCGUCUUCAAAGGGAAAUUCAAAGAAGGUGACAAAGCCGAACCGGCCACUUGGAAGACGAGGUUACGCUGUGCCUUGAACAAGAGCCCGGACUUUGAAGAAGUGACCGACCGCUCCCAGCUGGACAUCUCAGAGCCCUACAAAGUCUACCGCAUUGUUCCAGAGGAAGAACAGAAAUGCAAAAUGGGAAUAGGAAAUGGGUGCAGUUUGGGCGAAAUCACGGACAUGGAGUGCAGCGUUUCCACAAUGGACGACUUGGUCAAAGAGCCACAGUCCACUGUGGAGGAAUAUCUUGGCACCAUAAAGCGAAGCCCUUCCCCAACACAGGAGAAUUGCAGAAACCACCCAAUACCAGAUUGGUGGACGCAUCAGUCAAGUCCUGCUUUAUCCCUCAUGAGUGGAUUUGUGGGCUAUGAGCCGAUUCAUGCAGGCUAUUACCAGAUGGUGAUCAACUUCUACUAUGGGGGGAAACUGGUGGGCAGCACCACCACCACACGGCCCGAGGGCUGCCGGAUCUCCCUGGGCGAGUCCCCUUUCUCCCUGGAGACCUUGGAGCAUGUGCGGUUCCCCUCGGCGGACGUGAUUGCCAACGACCGCCAGAGGCAGAUCACCAAGAAGCUCUUUGGGCACUUGGAGAGGGGCGUCCUGCUCCAUUGCAACAAGCAGGGCAUCUUCAUCAAGCGGCUGAGCCAGGGACGGGUCUUCUGGAGCGGCAACACCAUGCCCUGCAAAGACAAGCCCAACAAGCUGGACCGAGACGAGGUGGUCAGCAUCUUCGAUACAAACCACUUCCUCCGAGAGCUUCACCAGUAUUAUAACAACCAAGGCCGGUUCCCAAGCAGCAAAGUAAUUCUGUGUUUUGGGGAGGAGUUUCCGGACGCCACUCCCUUGCGCUUCAAGCUGAUUCUUGUGGAGAUUGAGCAGCUGAGCAUCCGGCAACUGGUGGAGGAAGCCGGGAAAAGCGACAGCAACACGGUGGGCCAUGUGAUGGUGGACGAUGGGCAUUACGACCCCAUGUACCGGAACUUCCAGGACUCCUGCGUGCCCCACCAAAGAGCUCUUUUCAGAGAACACCAGCAGAUCACCGUCUGAGGCUUCUUGGUGGAUCCUUUGUUGUGGUCAAAACCCAUAUUGUGUGCCUGUGUAAUAUGCUUAUGUCACAUGAAGCUAUUUUCCUUUUGGUCACUGAAUGUUCAGAGGUGUUACAGGGUAUCCAGAAUUUAUUAUAUGGAGAUGGUGAAUAUAGGAGUGCUUUCUGCGACCGGAUAAAGUUGCUUUUUUGAGCUCAAACACCCAGAAUCCCACAGUUAAUGUGAAUCGGACCCUAUGAAAGAAAGUGUAAAAUAUGUAGUAUAUUCUCAUUAAGCUUUGUUAAUGAAUGCAAUGUUCCCAGAAACCAAUGCAUUUGCAAAAGGUGCUUCCACAAGUAAUGGAAAGAAAUGUUUGUCAUCAAUCUGUGCUUUUCUCCAAUUCAGUAUCUUCUAUUUAACAUGCUUUGUUUUGUAAUUGCACAUUGGAAAGGUGAACAUCGUGUGUGUUCCGGUUCAGAUUGAGUGCAUAUGAUCGCAUUUUAGCAAUAAUCGUUUGCAAUAAUCUAGGUUCCUUUGUUUUAUAAAUGGGGUGCCUGGUGCAUUCAUAGCCAAAAAAGAAAGGGGAAGGAUUGCUUUGAUCCAGUGCUGCUUUUUGCAUAUGCAAACGAUGCCGCUCUAUAACAGAAAGCAGAUCAUAAAAGUGAAAUGUUAGCCUGAUAUUUAUUUUCAUUGCUUGUUUAAAAUAUGUUUUGUGAUUGUUCUACGAAAUGCAUCUGCAAAUAAAUACUUGCCUUUUGUAAA